GAAUUCUUUUGCCUGCCAAAGCCAAAGAACGAUUAAACCACCAGAGGACAUUGGCCUCGUACCAUAGAUACCGUAACCACAAACCGCCCAAAAUGUCCUCACUACGCAACGCCGUGAAUCGGCGCGUCCAUAGGGAGCGUGCUCAGCCCAUAGAGCGCCAGCGCCUCGGCAUCCUCGAAAAGGCCAAAGAUCGAAAACUCCGUGAAGUAGACCACAAGCGCAAGCAAAAGACCCUCAAAGCCCUGCGCGCCAAAGCCUCCGAACGCAACGAUGAUGAGUUCUUCUUCGGCAUGUUGUCGCGGCAGGGACCGCAGGGCCGACUGUCCAAGGGAAAGCGAUGGAACGGAACCGUCGACGGCGACAGAGGGAAUCGCGCCAUGUCCGUGGACGAGGUCAGGCUGCUCAAGACACAGGAUGUUGGUUACUUGAGGACGGUGCGGAACACAGCCACGAAGGAGGUAAAACAGCUGGAGGAGAGGGUCGUCGGCAUGGGCGGCAGUCUAGACGGCAAGGGACUGCCGGCAGACGACGCCGAGAGCGAUGACGACUGGCUGGACGACGCACCCGUGAGUCAGAAGCCCAAGAAGAUCGUCUUUGCAGAGGGUGUGGAAGAGCGGGAAGAGAGGCUGGCGGGUGACAUGGAGGAUCAGGAGGACGAAGCCGAUGUCGACGAGGGCAUGGACGGCGAAGAGAACCCCAAGAAACUGCGAGCCGAGCAGCGAGAAAGACUUCUGUUGAAGCUGCAAAGACGCCUAGCAAUUGCCAAGAAGCGGCUCAAAGCCGUGUCCACGGCCGAAAACGAACUCGAGAUGCAGAGAGCAAAGAUGGCCAAGACACAGACUGUUGGCGGUGUCACAAAGACGGGCAAGAAGUUCAAGGUCCGCGAGAGGAAGCGUUAAAAUUAUCCAAAGCCAUGAAAUGUUUUCUAUUCGCCACGAACCAUAGUGAGCACCCGAGUGCUAUCUACAGCAAAUGAUACCCAUGAAAGAAAAUAAUUUA